AUGAGUCAAGAAACGUUAAACUUGGAUAUUUCGGCUCGUGUGAAGUUGGCUCGAGAUGCAUUCAUCCAACAAGGCUCGAAGGUGAAGACAAUGGAGAAACAGCAAAGUGAGCUUAGUUCAGCAAUUGAACACGAACAGGAGCGCCUCACAGAGUUAUACAAUAAGUGGUCGGCUGAACAGAAGCAAGUCGCCGUGUACUUGGCCAUAAAAGAAAAACGCAAGAAGGAGGACAAGCGAAGGAGUUUUUUGCUUAAAGAGAUCAGCAAGCUAGAAAUAGAGACAGAAGCUCUAAAUAAGCGACUCCUACACAACAGAGAAACCUUAUCUCGAUACAAAGAAGAGAGUGAGAAACUGGGGAAUGACAUUAGGGCGGGUUUCAACACAAUCAACAGCUCGACGGCUGGGAUAGAUAAGGAAACAGGAGAUCUUGAUGUCACCGGAUGGUUCCAACCGGCUUUGAAAUAUGACACGCAGUCUUUGAAACGGAGUCAUUCCGAAUUUUCUGAAACACAGCUUCACAGUAGCAACAAAAAGCGAAAAGAACUGAAGUUGGAAGGCGAGGUUUAG